AUGCCUUCAAGGAAACCUAGCAAGUACGGAAAUAAGUUCCGAUCAAGUGCUUCAUCAUUUCGGCCGAAUCGAACAAAGACAAUUGAAUUUUCGUCACUUCGAUCGUCAGAAGCCACCUCUCAAGAUGAGAAAUUCGAAGCAAUUCGGUUGGCGAACAGCAUUGAUGAAUCCCUGGGGUUCACACGCUUCGAGUCCGGCGAAAAGAGAGUCGGAUGGCUUAUCAACAUGCACAGCACGUCGGUAGAAGACCCAAAUAUUCCUGGAGGGCGGGCCGGUGUGGACUACUACUUUCUUGAAGAUGAUGGCGGGAGUUUCAAAGCGACUGUCGAGUAUGACCCAUAUUUCCUCAUCGCGGUCAAAAAAGGACAUGAAAUGGAAGUGGAGGAAUGGGGCCGCCGGAUGUUCGAAGGACUCAUCAAGAAAAUUACGAGAGAGGAAAAGGAGGAUCUUGACCUACCGAAUCAUUUACUUGGGCACCGAAGAACGUUCCUUCGGCUGAAUUUUGCGAACGUCAGCCACCUAUUGGAGGUACGAAGAGCGCUUCUUCCAUUGGCAGAAAAGAACAAAAAGAAUGUGAAUGUGAUGGAUACUUAUGCGGAUGUUUCAAGCUCGAAUGCGGGAUUUGAUCUCUUUGAUGACGAAAUAAUUAACGAGGCACGAUCUAAUGGAAAUACACAAGCAAGUGAUUUUAUAGUUGAUAUUCGAGAAUAUGAUGUUCCUUACCAUGUUAGAGUGGCAAUAGAUAAAGGCAUGUACGCUACUCCUAAAUACGAGCAUGGUGUUAUCUCUUUGACGUGCAUGGAAGAGCGGCUUCAGCGAGCUGACCCAGUCGUGCUUGCGUUUGAUAUCGAAACUACAAAGCUGCCCUUGAAAUUCCCCGAUUCCGUUAUUGAUCAAAUCAUGAUGAUUUCAUACAUGAUUGAUGGACAAGGGUUCUUAAUCACCAAUCGUGAAAUAGUGUCUGAAGAUAUCAGCGAUUUUGAAUAUACUCCGAAACCGGAGUACAACGGACCAUUCAUAAUUUUUAAUGAGCCUGAUGAGCGAGGCGUUCUUGAACGAUUUUUUGAACACAUAAAAAUAGCCAAACCGACUGUGAUCGCUACAUACAACGGUGACUUUUUCGAUUGGCCGUUCAUUGAAGCUAGAGCUAGUGUACUCGGAAUCGAUAUGUACACAGAAAUUGGCUUCCGCAAAAACAGUGAGGACAUUUAUCAAAGUGAUCACUGUGUACACAUGGAUUGUUAUGCCUGGGUCAAUCGAGAUAGUUACCUUCCGCAGGGAAGUCGGGGCUUAAAGGCUGUUACGGUUGCAAAGCUGGGAUAUGAUCCUGAUGAACUCGAUCCAGAGCUGAUGACACCGUAUGCAAGUGAACGCCCGCAGACGUUGGCCGAGUAUUCAGUUUCCGAUGCGGUUGCCACAUAUUAUCUGUACAUGAAAUAUGUCCACCCAUUUAUUUUUUCACUAUGCACCAUUAUUCCGCUGAACCCGGAUGACACACUGCGCAAAGGAACUGGAACACUCUGUGAAAUGCUUUUGAUGGUACAAGCCUAUAAAGGCGAGAUCAUCUUGCCGAACAAGCACAAAGAGCAAACGGAGUCUUUCUAUGAAGGUCAUCUACUUGAGUCUGAGACGUAUGUAGGAGGACACGUCGAAAGCAUUGAAGCCGGCGUAUUUCGAAGUGAUAUUCCCGUCACGUUCAAUAUUCAUACUUCAGCCAUAGACGAACUGCUUCGCGACCUAGAUGCAGCUUUGAAGUUCAGCAUCGAAGUAGAAGAAAAGAAAUCGAUGGACGAUAUUGUUAACUACGAUGAAGUCAGAAAUCAGAUUGCAGAACGCUUGAUUAACCUGAAGGAGAAACCAAACAGGGAUGAAGUACCUUUCAUUUACCAUCUGGACGUUGCUUCAAUGUACCCAAACAUCAUGAUCACGAAUCGACUACAACCGGAUUCCAUGAUACAGGAGUCCAACUGUGCCUCUUGUGAUUUCAAUCGACCUGGCAAAACCUGCGACAGACGAUUACCGUGGGCGUGGCGUGGUGAAUUCCUUCCUGCUAAGCGUGACGAAUACAACAUGAUUCGACAAGCAGUUGCAAAUGAACGAUUCCCGGGAAAAACCAAACAUAGUCCAAUGCGGUUAUUUAGCGAUAUGAGUUCUGAUGAGCAAGCCUCUAUAGUCAAGAAAAGGCUGCAAGAUUACAGCAAGAAAAUCUACCACAAAAUCCAUGACAGCAAAACGAUAGUUCGGGAGGCUAUCGUCUGCCAACGAGAGAAUCCAUUCUACGUGGACACAGUUCGCAGCUUUCGUGACCGAAGAUAUGAUUUCAAGGGCAAACAAAAAGUCUGGAAGGGCAAAGCAGAUUCUCUCAAAGCGUCUGGUGCUUCAGCCGCCGAGGUAGAGGAAGCGAAAAAAAUGAUCAUUCUGUUCGAUUCUCUUCAGCUUGCGCAUAAAGUUAUUUUAAACAGUUUCUACGGUUAUGUCAUGAGAAAGGGGUCUCGAUGGUACUCUUUGGAGAUGGCCGGCGUAACAUGUUUGACAGGUGCGCGGAUUAUCCAAAUGGCAAGAGAGCUUGUUGAGCGAAUUGGUCGUCCACUAGAACUCGACACGGAUGGUAUUUGGUGUAUGCUUCCGGGGUCUUUUCCGGAGAACUUUUCAUUUAAUUUGAAAAACGGCAAGAAGUUGGGGAUCUCGUACCCUUGUGUUAUGCUGAAUCACAUUGUCCACGGGAGCUAUACCAAUCACCAAUAUCAGACCCUCAUCGACCCAAAGACUUUCCGAUAUGAGACACAUAGCGAUAACUCGAUCUUCUUCGAGGUCGAUGGGCCGUACAAAGCAAUGAUUUUGCCCACUUCCAAGGAGGAAGACAAAAACCUGAAGAAGCGCUAUGCUGUAUUUAACCACGAUGGGUCGCUGGCUGAAUUGAAGGGGUUUGAAGUCAAACGACGAGGAGAGUUAAAGCUGAUCAAAAUCUUCCAAACCCAAAUUUUCAAAUUUUUCUUGGAAGGAUCGAAUCUCGAAGAAACAUAUGCUGCUGUAGCCCGAGUAGCAGACAGAUGGCUCGAUGUGCUCUACGAACAUGGAUUGACAUUGGCAGACGAAGAGCUCAUUGAUCUAAUUUCAGAGAAUAGGAGUAUGGCAAAGACGCUCGAGGAAUAUGGGAACCAGAAGUCAACGUCUAUCACAACAGCACGACGUUUAGCAGAGUUCUUAGGAGAGCAAAUGGUUAAGGAUAAAGGCUUAAACUGCAAGUACAUCAUAUCCUCAAGACCACGGAACACUCCUGUCACGGAACGGGCUAUACCAGUGACAAUAUUUUCCGCCGAGGAAAACGUGAAGCGCUAUUUCUUAAGGAAGUGGCUGAAAGAUGACCCUGGUGACAUGGACCCUCGAAGUGUGAUCGAUUGGGACUAUUAUCUUGAGAGAUUGGGUUCUGUUAUACAGAAACUGAUAACUAUUCCCGCUGCACUCCAGAAAGUCCGCAAUCCAGUCCCUAGAGUUGCCCAUCCAGAUUGGCUCCAGCGACGUAUCAAUGUAAAGGAUGACAGGUUCAAGCAAACUAAGAUGACCGAUAUGUUCGGAAAGACCGAGAAAAACCCGUUAAAGGACAUAUCAACUAACAUCCUUGAUCAUCGGGUCCAACAUACUGGUGAUAUGGAUGAGGCUAUAGCAAGUUCAACACAGAAACAUGAGUCGUCGCCUAAUAGUAAGGUCUCUCAUAAGAGAAAGCUUCCUGAAGGGUAUACGAAAGCCUCACUUGAUCCUUUCGCCAGCCUUCCAACAAAGAUGCCAGCAAUUACGGAUGAUUAUGUUGGGUUUUUGAAGUACCAGAAACAAAAAUGGAAAAUCCAAAAGCAAGCCCGAGUUCGCCGACGCCAACUCUUUGGUGAAAGAGCCAACGUUGGAACGGACUCUUUGAGUCACCUGUUCAGAAACCAGGCUGAGUUGCUGUAUAUCAGUACGUGGCAAGUAAUACAGCUUGCGGAGACAUCAAGGCCUGGCAUUGUGCGAGCGUUCGUUUUGAUCGACCGAAAAAUCCAUACUCUGACUGUCAAAGUACCGCGACAAGUUUAUAUCAACUUGAAGCAAGACUCACUUCCAGAUGUUGAUGUCCCAGAUUGCGAUGUUGAGAAAGUUAAUCACACUUUGCCGAACGGGCAUCCUUCAGUCCAUCUAUUCAAAAUGACAUUGUCCGAAAGCACCUAUUUGCAGGAGGCCGAUAAAAUCGAUGUGCUUCUGCAGCAUCCAAGCGUUGAGGGUGUUUAUGAAAAAAGUAUUCCGUUGAAUAUACGCGCCGUUUUGAAACUUGGAAGUAUAUGCACAUUUGAUGAAGAGAAACGUGGUGUCCUUGGAGUAGGUUUAGACCGUGGGUUCGACCUCUCAACACUGUGCCGUGCUACCUCGGAGAAACCUUACCUUCUGGACGCACCCUUGGCUUAUUAUUAUCUUUAUCAUGUCGCCUCUGGGGAUCGACAGAUAUUCGCCCUGUUUUCGACCACCAAGAACGAGGCCCAUAUUGUUAUUCUGAACCGCACACGAGAUGUCCAAGGACUUCCAAAUGUCGACAAAAUUUACUCGGAACUUUUGAUGCGUCAGAAGCAGAACAAGGCAGGAGAGCAGGCUCAAAAUGCAUUCGAGUACCAAGAAAAAAAUCCAUUUCAGGACAACCCAAGUGACCACCAAAAGGAAAGCCCAUCUGGAGAUAUAUCGUACGCCCGGCGACUUCAACAGAACAACGUUGUUCUGUGGUGGUCUACUGGCCCCAGGCCUGACCAUGCAGGAUAUGAGAAGGAUGACAUUACUGGUCCUCUUGACAAGGUGCAUAUGCCGUCUGUCAACGCUCCAAGCGCCUACUCCACCGUGUGUAUCGAACUAGAAGUUCGUAAUCUUGCCAUCAACACCAUAUUGACUUCCUCGAUCAUCAGUGAGAUGGAAGGGGCCGAUACGUUGCUGGCUACCGAGUCUUCCACCGACGCGAACGGUGCUGGCGUUCUCUAUUCUGAAAAAGCGUUUGCUUCCGCGGGAGCUGUUGUGCUCCGUGAGAUGGUUAAGCAUUGGUGGACGGAGGCUUGUGAAGGGAAUACGAUGGCUGAUAUUAUGGUACAACACCUUAUCCGAUGGGUUGAGAGUCCAGUGUCUUGUCUUUAUGAUCGAUCCUUACAUAACUAUGUGCGAAUGCUGUCCCGAAAAUCGUUCCAGCGGCUUAUGGUUGAAUUCAGACGCGUUGGUUCAAAUAUCGUAUUCGCCAGCUCUACACGGCUCCUGUUACAGACGUCGAAAACAGAGGUUGGGAAUGCCUAUGCGUACAGCCAGUACGUCCUGAAGUCCAUUCGGGCAAACCCGUCGUUUCAUUUUAUCGAUCUUGAGAUUAAAGAGUACUGGGAUUACCUUGUCUGGUAUGAUGAAUAUAACUAUGGUGGGAAAGGCUGCCAACAGGUCGUUGAAUCGGAGGAGCAGGGGCUAGAGACCGUUAUGCAUUGGCAGCUCAGUCGCUUUCUGCCUACGCCGAUGCAGUCUAUCUUCCAUGAUUGGGUGGUGGAAUACAUCGAAUUGAUGCAUGGACACAAACACCCAGAAUCCCAGGAUUCCUCCACCCCCCGACCAACACAGAUCCCCAUUGGCCACCCGAACGACGAGGACAACGAGGAAAUGUCGGCCGUCCUAGCCGAGAAGUUCUCGAAGCCGCUGAAGAAACAGAUAUCGGGUCUCAUCCGCCGUCAGCGAGAAGAGAUGCUGCACCCGGAGCUUGCAUCCGACUACGCGUUUCCGGUUCUUCCGGGAAUCCUAUCGGACCCGAACGACGAUAAGCGUAACCCUGUGUUGGAGCUUGUCAAGUUACUGAUGCAAGUUUUGAGCUUGUCCAAGACAACGACCUUGGAGACACGGCUUCUGCGCCGCGAGCUCCUGGCACUUUUCGAGGUGCGAGAAUUCAGCAAAGAAGGCCGAUUCGAGAAUCCGGCUGCCAGUCUCAAACUCCCCGAGCUCACCUGCAACGCCUGCUGUUUAAUCCGAGACCUGGACUUGUGCCGGGACGAAGAUGUCCUUCCGGACCCAGGGUCAGAUCCGAGCAAGACGAGCACCAAGCCUUGGCGCUGUCCUUUCUGCCAGACGGAAUAUGAUCGACUGGCUCAGGAGGAGAUCCUGAUUGGGCAGGUCCAGGGUAUGAUCGUCGCAUGGCACACACAGGAUCUCAAGUGCUCGAAAUGCAAAGGCCUGAAAGUGAGCGACUUCAUGGAACACUGCUCGUGCAGUGGGAGCUGGGUCGCAACGAUGGACCGUGUGGAGAUCGAAAAUAAGCUGCGAGUUCUGGAGAGCGCUGCAAAAUUCCACGGCCUGAAGCUGCUGGAGAGUGUGGUGGAAGACGUUCUGAGUCGGAUGUAG